AUGGCGCAAGUUACCACGGAAACACAUGCUGAUAUCGGGAUGCCAUCUCUUACCUCGAGCUAUAUCCACCAAGAGUUGUCUCGGUUCGCCGACAUUCAAGCCAGAGGUAUCAGAUACGAGUUUCAGCAGCAAGAGAAGCGGACGCACGACCAAAUCAAAGAGCAAGGUGAACGAACACGCGCACAAUUCGAGGACGUUCACGCUCGAUUUGAUCUCGUGCAAACAAAACAAGAUCUGAUGCAGGCAAAGCAAGAUCUUCUGCAAGCAACACAGGUCAUAAUAAGCGCUAGGCAGAGUAAUCAGACGGCAUACCGGCUCACGAGCAGGAUUUAUCCUGUAGAAAUGUUUGACACGACCAAACAGAUUCUUCGCAAGCCUCCUGAGGAUAGCUUCCCUCGCUGGGUCGGUAAUUUCUGGCGCCUCAAACAACCGCGCAACUGGAGCAAGCUGGCAAAAUUGCAUGAGUUUUACAAGACGGAUGGGUGGAAAAGAUGGGGUGUCCGCUCCUUCGAAGAUGUGAAUGGUGAAGAUGCAGAGGACGAGGCACAAGAGGAGGUGGAAGAGGAAGACGAAAUUGAGCUUGCACCAGGCCACACGUCUUUUGCAGAAGCCAUCGAGUACGCUCCAGACAUAGCAUUGAGCGAGCUGGCGCGCCACCUGGGUCUCAAUUACGACGAAAUAGGCGUCCGCGUCACGAAUGCUUUGGUGUCCGAUAUUUCCGGGCGGAUCACAGCACAGCGGUCGAAGCGGGCGAGCAGUGCUGUGGUCGACGUGAUGCAAGAAGGAAAGCGGUACAAAACGCUCGGAACGAGAGAAACGGACGCAAAGAUACCCUCACCGAUCGAAGGAAAGCAAACCCCAUCUCCUGAGGACGAGGGCAAUGACCGGAAUCCACCUUCGCCUACGGAAGUCAAUACUCCUCCCGGAAGACUGCCCCUGCGAGACUUGAUUGGCAACGAUGUUCCCACGAGAAUUGAGGAGUCCCCGCGAACGAUCAGUACGAGAAUUGGUUGGAAACCACCGUCGACGAGUUCGAAUUCUUGA